AUGCAAGUCGAGGGCGAGGACGAUGACGUGAGGGAUUCCUGGUAUGUCACUUUUUCGGCGGCCGGCAAGGUCUCCGGCGGAGAGCGGCAGCGCCGAGCGACGGCGCCCGUGGCGGGAGACAGGCCGCCACCAGGUGCUCCAAAAUCGGGCGCCCGGCCUCACAGCUGCAGGAGGCCAAAGCCCAGGAAAGGAGUCGAGCGAAAGCUGCGAGCCGGAGACGACACUGAGGCUGUCCAUGAACAAUGGACGGUCCCUAAAUUUCAUUCCGAGGAGGGAUUCCCAGAAGGCCUGUACGACGAAGCCUGCCAAAUCUUGUACCUGUUCUAA